AAUUUAGAAGAAAGAAAUGGCGAAGCAGGUAAAAUAUAUAAUAUUCGUGUGCUUAUUCCAUCUUUUGCUGUUUGCGUUGGACAUUAGCUUGGCUGAAAAAAGUGAUGUAGCAACUCGUGAAACCGGCGGAAUUGAAAUAAAGUGCGGAGAAGUCGAAGUGACAAUAACCGUUAAAAGACAGUUUUUUGAGAAGAAAGGUGUUCCGUUCAAACCUGAGCAUCUUCGGCUUGGAGCAAACUCAACCCAGAAGAGGUGUGGAGCGAAGGGACCGGCGGCUGACUCCGACAUGGUCAUCUCUGCGGGGCUGAAGGACUGCGGCACCGAGUCCCGUGUUCAUGGUGAUUGGCUAGUGUAUUCCAACCAGCUGGUGCUCACAAAUGCUGUGGUUCCAUCCUCUACAGGUAGUUUGAUAGUAAGAUGGGCAACUACUUUCAUACCCAUUGAGUGCCAUUAUAAGAGAAAGCAGACGGUGAGUGGAGAACCAUUAACCCCAACCUGGCUACCCAUGACAUCAACUAUCAGUGUCUUCGGCCUUCUGCACUUCUCCCUACGCACCAUGGCAGACGGCUGUUCCUCUCCUCGUAGUUCCUCAGUGUAUCAGCAGGGGGAAGCAGUGUUUUUGGAGGCGAGCGUGGAGGCCCCACUGCACCCUCCUCUCACUCUUUAUGUGGACUCCUGUGUUGCUACGCCGAAGCCGGACCCCCUCUCAUUGCCAAGCUACAAGUUCAUCACCAAGCAUGGAUGUCUUAUGGACAGUGUUUUACCGGGGUCUUCAUCUAAGUUCCUCCCUAGGAAGCAAGAUAACAGGCUAUGUUUCAGCUUCCAAGCCUUCCACCUCAACAAGGAGACUGUGGAGCAGAUGUUCAUCAGCUGCCACAUCAGAGCCACUCUGAAACAAAAGUCGCACAGCCAUCUUGAUAAAGCCUGCUUCUUCAAUAGGCCCACAUUCAGCUGGCGUGCCACGGAGGGAGACGAUGCUCUGUGUGGAUGCUGUGCCUCUGAGGACUGCAACACUGGUCACACCACUCAGCUAAAUACAGAAGAGAAGCAUGAAGCGGACACAGCAGUUGGGCCCCUUCACACCCUGCCGCGCUCCCAUUGGACAGGCCACCUGUCAGUCAAUCACUAAAGAGUAUUUUUCCUACUUUACACUUUGGUGGGUACAGGGACUGUUGACACCAAAACCAGGGGAUUUGGGUGACAGGGAUGAUAACGAAUCCAUCACAUAUUGUUUUUCGAAUGACGUCAUAAAAGUGGAAAUUUGGAUGCUA